AUGACUUUUUACCAGGUGAAUCUAGCCGUUUUCGCGGCGGGCAACGGAUAUUUGCUCUACCAACAGUACAAGCGCCAGGAGCAGGAAGUUAUCGAGGAGUUGAAGCAGGAGGCGGCCGACUCGGAGGAGGGUUCCGAUGGAGGAGAUGUUGAGCAUCAACAGUUGCUCUCCGCACCUGGCGAGUCUCAGAACGCUGUUCGCCAGUUCCAGCUGGACUUUUUCCCGGUCUACGCACUGGCGAUGGCAGCAGAUUGGCUUCAGGGCCCCCAUAUCUAUGCCAUUUAUAGAUACGAGAAGAACAUCCCCGAGAAGGUUGUGGCUGCGCUAUACGCUGCGGGCUUCGUCUCCGGCGCCAUUUCUGCGUCCUUUGCUGGCGAGCUCGCUGAUCGGUAUGGCCGCCGACUUGCCUGCCUCACGUAUUGCGCCACCUAUAUUCUUACCUGUUUGACGAUGCUUACCGAUAACCUCUUUAUCCUUUUUCUCGGCCGAUUUGCCGGUGGUGUUUCGACGACGCUUCUCUACAGCGUGUUCGAGGCUUGGCUGAUUACGGAAUACAACCAGCGUGGUCUUUCGAGGACGAACCUCAAGCUAGGCUCCAUCUUCGGCAACAUGACCACCAUCAGCUCCAUCGUUGCAAUCCUGUCCGGUGUCAUUGGCGACAUCUUGGUCAACUCGCUGGGCGGCCGCGUCUGGCCUUUCAUGGCAAGCGUGGUCUGUUCCGGGGCCGCCAUGUGGUUGAUUUUGAAAGGAUGGACUGAAAACUAUGGAACGAAGCAGAACGGUCCGGCAACGAGCUCUCUCGCCGAUGUCAAGAGCGGAAUCCAGAUGAUUAUGGCCGACAUGCGAAUCUUGUCAUUGGGCUUGACAUCGACCUUCUUCGAGGGCGCCAUGUACCUCUUUGUGUUCUUCUGGUCUGCUGCGCUGAAAAGCGCAAGAACCAAGGCUGGGUCUGACGAGGAGCUCCCCUUUGGACUCAUCUUUUCGAGCUUCAUGUGCGCCAUGAUGGCCGGAUCUUCCUUCUUUUCGCUCUACACCAAGACGCACUCCAAGGAAACUACAUCACUUAUCCUGAUGCUUGUUGUGCUCGUGGUGAGCUGUUGUCUGUCUGGCGCUGUCGUGCUGGACAACGAGAAGCUGUUGUUUUGGGCGCUGUGCAUGGUUGAGGCUAGCAUCGGAGCCUACUUCCCAAGCAUGUCGUUCCUGAAGAGUCAGGUUGUCGAGGACGGUGUGCGCGGUCGUGAUGGACAUCGGAAUGCCGUCUUCAUGACUUGCGCUGCGCUGCUCAUGAUGUCCUUUUUCAUUGUCAAGAGGAACUUUGCACAGGGCUAG